CAGUGAGAGUCAACAUGAUCAGAAUUCUUAUCUCCGUAACCAUGGGUUACACAGCCUGGGUCGCAGGUAUUCAGCUCAUUUCAGGAACUACUAAUACUCUAAUAUGUUAGUUUUUUUAUGGAUUACUGGUGAAUAUGUUUUGUUUACGGUCUAUCGGAAUAGAGAUCGACUCCGGAGAGCGAGAGAGAAGGAGAGAGCGAGACCGCGAGAGAGCGAGUCAAUAGAGAAAUAGCUAGAGUCUUCUCGAGUCGUCCCUCUCUCUAUAGCUCUAUCUCAUACUUUGCAUCUCUCUGCUCUCUCUCUCUCUCUCUCUCUCUCUCUCUAUCUCUCUCGUCUUCUCUCCUCUCCGUCUCUCUCUCUCUCUCUCUCUCCAGGUUCUUCUCUGAGUUGACCAUGUUGGCCAGGGUCCUGCAGGCCCUGUACAAGAACCAGGAAGAGUCUGCUGAGAUGAAGUGUUUGCAUAAUUUACCAAACUAUAACACCAUCCUCUGGUACAAACAAGAUGGACAUAGACAGUUAAUACUUCUGGGAUACAUGAUUGGGGGUUCAGGAUUCACUGAGGCUGGAUUUGAUAUAGCUUUGGAAGGAGAUGCUAAUGCAGGUGCUACCAGCACCUUAACCAUCAGAGAGCUAACUCCAGAUAGCAGUGCUGUGUAUUACUGUGCUGCUAGCUAACACAGUGCAUCAGAUCUCCCUCUCUGCUCUACAAAAACCCUCCUCCCCGAUAUGCUGUCAGAAUCCUCACCCCUGCGUUGUCACACUGUAACCGACUCUCAGUCGGUGCCAACACGCUCACCAGCCGGCCCAUUGCAAAGGGGAGGUUCCCUCUGAUGGCACAUUCAGGAGACCAUGACAUGUUAUUGAUAUGAUAUCAUGUCUUUCCUGUAGGUGGAGUCACAGCUCAACCAAUCCAUGUGGUGUUAUUGAUAUGAUAUCAUGUCUUUCCUGUAGGUGGAGUUACAACUCAAGAAAUCCAUGCGGUGUUUAUUUUAUUUUUAUUUCACCUUUAUUUAACCAGGUAAACCAGUUGAGAACAAGUUCUCAUUUACAACUGCGACCUGGCCAAGAUAAAGUAAAGCAGUGCGAUAAAAACAACAACACAGAGUUACAUAUGGGGUAAAACAAAACAAAGUCAAAAAUACAACAGAAAUACAUAUAAUAUUCAGUGUGUGCAAAUUUAGCAAGUUAUGGAGGUAAGGCAAUAAAAUAGGCUAUAGUGCAAAAUAAUUACAAUUAGUAUUAACACUGGAAUGAUAGAUGUGCAAGAGAUGAUGUGCAAAUAGAGAUACUGGGGUACAAAUGAGCAAAAUAAAUAACAAUAUAGGGAUGAGGUAGUUGGGCGGGCUAAUUUCAGAUGGGCUGUGUACAGGUGCAAUGAUCGGUAAGGUGCUCUGACAACUGAUGCUUAAAGUUAGUGAGGGAGAUAAGUGUCUCCAGCUUCAGAGAUUUUUGCAAUUUGUUCCAGUCAUUGGCAGCAGAGAACUGGAAGUAAUUGCGGCCAAAGGAGGUGUUGGCUUUGGGGAUGACCAGUGAGAUAUACCCGCUGGAGCGCAGACUACGGGUGGGUGUUGCUAUGGUGACCAAUGAGCUAAGAUAAGGCGGGGAUUUGCCUAGCAGUGAUUUAUAGAUGGCCUGGAGCCAGUGGGUUUGGCGACGAAUAUGUAGUGAGGACCAGCCAACAAGAGCGUACAGGUCACAGUGGUGGGUAUUAUAUGGGGCUUUGGAGACAAAACGGAUGGCACUGUGAUAGACUACAUCCAAUUUGCUGAGUAGAGUGUUGGAGGCUAUUUUGUAAAUGACAUCACCGAAGUCAAGGAUCGGUAGGAUAGUCAGUUUUACGAGGGCAUGUUUGGCAGCAUGAGUGAAGGAGGCUUUGUUGCGAAAUAGGAAACCGAUUCUAGAUUUAACUUUGGAUUGGAGAUUCUUAAUGUGAGUCUGGAAGGAGAGUUUACAGUCUAACCAGACACCUAGAUAUUUGUAGUUGUCCACAUACUCUAGGUCAGACCCGUCGAGAGUAGUGAUUCUAGUCGGGUGGGCGGGUGCAAGCAGCGUUCGGUUGAAGAGCAUGCAUUUAGUUUUACUAGUGUUUAAGAGCAGUUGGAGGCUACUGAAGGAGUGUUGUAUGGAAUUGAAGCUCGUUUGGAGGUUUGUUAACACAGUGUCCAAUGAAGGGCCAGAUGUAUACAAAAUGGUGUCGUCUGCGUAGAGGUGGAUCUGAGAGUCACCAGCAGCAAGAGCGACGUCAUUGAUAUACACAGAGAAAAGAGUCGGCCCAAGAAUUGAACCCUGUGGCACCCCCAUAGAGACUGCCAUAGGUCCAGACAACAGGCCCUCCGAUUUGACACAUUGAACUCUAUCUGAGAAGUAGUUGGUGAACCAGGCGAGGCAGUCAUUUGAGAAACCAAGGCUAUUUAGUCUGCCAAUAAGAAUGCGGUGGUUGACAGAGUCGAAAGCCUUGGCCAGGUCAAUGAAAACGGCUGCACAGUACUGUCUAUUAUCGAUCGUGGUUAUAAUAUCGUUUAGGACCUUGAGCGUGGCUGAAGUGCACCCCAUGACCAGCUCGGAAACCGGAUUGCAUAGCGGAGAAGGUACGGUGGGAUUCGAAAUGGUCGGUGAUCUGUUUGUUGACUUGGCUUUCAAAAACUUUUGAAAGGCAGGGCAGGAUGGAUAUGGGUCUGUAACAGUGUUAUGAUAUGAUAUCAUGUAUUUCCUGUAGGUGGAGUCACAGCUCAACCAAUCCAUGUGGUGUUAUGAUAUGAUAUCAUGUAUUUCCUGUAGGUGGAGUCACAGCUCAACAAAUCCGUGGGGAGUCACCAGACAAAGUACCACUGUAGACUUUGGUGUGUAGAGCUGUCUGGACCCAUUCAGAAGAUCCAUGCCUUGUCCUCUUGAAUGUUCACCUACAGUCAGUGUUGAACCAAGAAUAUAUCACUGCUGGAUAUUUAAAUGAACAUGAAUUCUGCUGCGUUUUGUGGAUUGUUGUCCUUGCUGACAGGUUAUAAAUUGUCUAUUUCCUGUAUGAAUGACUGCAGUAUAACAUAUCUCUCUCUCUCCUCGUCUGUAACAGGUGAACUCUGUUCCAGAAUUUCCUGAAGGAAUGACUUCAGUCACUGACCACCUUCCGGAGACACUUGAAACCCUACCUCUUUAAGGAAUACCUGGAAUAUCCCCCCCCCCCCCCCCCCCCCCCCCCCCCCCCCCCCCCCCCAUAAAAAAAAAAGUGGUUGUCCCACUGGCUAUCAUAAGUUGAAUGCCCCAAUUUGUGAGUCGCUCUGGAUAAGAGCGUCUGCUAAAUGACGUAAAUGUAAAUGUACAGUAUAACAGAUCUCUCUCUCUCUCCUCUUCUGUAACAGGUGAACUCCUCUGUUCCAGUGUUCUCCAGUCUCCAGCUUCAGUGUUUCAGAGUUCUGGAGAAACUGAAACACCAUACUGUGGUAUCAGCAGGUACCAUGAUGGGGUAUACCUAGAGGCUGAAGCUGCUCUGAUAUAUCUACCAUGAUGGGGUACACCUAGAGACUGAAGCUGCUCUGAUAUGUCUACCAUGAUGGGGUAUACCUAGAGGCUGAAGCUGCUCUGAUAUAUCUACCAUGAUGGGGUAUACCUAGAGACUGAAUCUGCUCUGAUAUAUCUACCAUGAUGGGGUAUAGAUACAGUAUACUUUUGAAUGGUAAAACGUCAGCCACCUUGAACAUCUCAGAGAUCACACUGGAAGACAGGGCUGUGUAUUGAACAUCUCAGUGAUCACACUGGAAGACAGGGCUGUGUAUUGAACAUCUCAGAGAUCACACUGGAAGACAGGGCUGUGUAUUGAACAUCUCAGAGAUCACACUGGAAGACAGGGCUGUGUAUUGAACAUCUCAGAGAUCACACAGGAAGACAGGAAUAUGUAUUUCUGUGCAGACAGUUUGACACAGUACUGAAAACCUCCCCUCUCCCUGACUCAAACCCCUUGCUAGUAGAUGCCAGGAGAACGCUACCUGCCCAAAUGCACAGUGCCAACUGUAAAGUUUGGUGGAAUAGGAAUAAUGGUCUGGGGCUGUUUUUCAUGGUUCGGGCUAGGCCCCUUAGUUCCAGUGAAGGGAAAUCUUAACGCUACAGCAUACAAUGACAUUCUAGAUGAUUCUGUGCUUCCAACUUUGUGGCAACAGUUUGGGGGAAGGCCCUUUCCUGUUUCACUAAUGCUCUUGUGGCUGAAUGGAAGCAAGUCCCCACAGCAAUGUUCCAACAUCUAGUGGAAAGCCUUCCCAGAAGAGUGGAGGCUGUUAUAGCAGCAAAGGGGGGUAGCUCCAUAUUAAUGCCCAUGAUUUUGGAAUGAGAUGUUCGACGAGCAGGUGUCCACAUACUUUUGGUCAUGUAGUGUAUAUAGAAUAUAAAAUAAUACAAAUAGGAGCAAAUCAGCUGCAGCGCAUUUCUACUACUAAUGAGUACACACUGAGGUUCUUACUGUGGAAUGCAGUGUUUGGUUUUCGCCAGACAUAAUAGGACCCAUCUCGUCCAACAAGUUGACUCAAAAGACACCUGGAAGCACCUGGAUUAUCAUCAAGACUCUUGGAAGAAUGUUAUUUGGACAAAAGUAUAACUUUUUGGACGACAUGGGUCCCAUUAUGCCUGGCGAAAACCAAACACUGCCUUCCACAGUAAGAACCUCAUACCAACAGUCAAGCAUGGUGGUGGUAGUGUGAUGGUUUGGGGAUGCUUUGCUGCCUCAGGACCUGGACGACUUGCCUUAAUAGAAGGAACCAUGAAUUCUGCUCUGUAUCAGAGAAUUCUACAGGAGAAUGUCAGACCAUCCGUCUGUGAGCUGAAGCUGAAGCGCAGCUGGGUCAUGCAACAAGACGAUCCAAAACACGCAAUCAAGUCUACAUGAAAAUGGUUAAAAAGCAACAAAUUGGAAGUUUUGGAAUGGCCUAGUCAAAGUCCAGACCUAAUCCCAAUUGAGAUUUUGUGGCAGGACUUGAAACGAGCAGUUCAUGCUUGAAAACCCAGAAAUGUCGCUGAGUUAAAGCAGUUCUGCAUGGAAGAGUGGGCCAAAAUUCCUCCACAGCGAUGAGAGACUGAUCUACAACAACAGGAAGAAUUUGGUUGCAGUCAUUGCACAACCAGUUAUUGUGUGUAAGGGGGUGUCACGCCCUGGCUCUGGGGACUUUUAUAUGUUGAGCCAGGGUGUUAGUUUCUAUGUUUAGUGUUCUAGGUUUAUGUUCUAGAUCGUGUGUUUCUAUGUUGGCCGGGGUGGCUUGUUGUCUCUGAUUGGGAACCAUACUUAGGCAGCCUGUUUUGCACUUGUCAUUUGUGGGAUCUUGUUCUGUGUAGGUUUGUGUUUGUUAACCUUGGGCUUCACGUAUCGUUUAUUGUUUUGUUCGUGGUGUACUUAAUAUAUAAGAAUGUACGCAUAUCACGCUGCGCCUUGGUCCACUCAUUAUGAUGAGCGUGACAGAAGAUCCCACCAUAACAGGACCAAGCAGCGUGUCCAGGAGCAGACAGCCUGGACUUGGGAAGAGAUCUUGGACGGGAAGGGGUCCUGGACUUGGGAGGAAAUCCAGGCCGGAAUGGUUCGCCGGCCGUGGGAGGAGACGGUGGAGGCGCGCCAUAGAGAGGAGCAGCGGCGCCAACCGGGCCGACGUCGGAGAGGCAACCCCAAUAAUUUUUUUGGGGGGGGCACACGGCAUGGACGACGGGGCUGCUGGAGGCAGCUACAGGGCGAGUUUGUGGAUUAGGAGAAGAGGCCACCAGGUUUGGGGGGCUGGAAGGGAGGUUGGCGGAGCCUAGAGGUAGAGCAGAGCCAACUCCCCGUACUCAGGCUAGGCAGCGUGAGACUGGGCAGGUUCAGAGAUAUGCGGAGCUGCGUACUGUGCCGCGAGUGGUCCGGCACAGUCCUGUACGUCCUGUGCUAGCACCACGCACGUGUCGUGCUAAGGUGGGCAUGCAGCCAGGACGGAGUGUGCCGGCUCAACGCUCGUGGCCUCCAGUACCCCUCCUCGGUCCCGGAUAUCCUGCGCCAGUGCCAUGUGCGGUAGUGCCAGUACGAGUACACAGCCCUGUACAUCCUGUGCUGAUGCCUCACACAGAGUGUGUAAAAAUAGGCAUUCAGCCAGGACGGGUUGUGUCAGCUCUUCGCUCCAGACCUCCAGUCCGUCUCCACAGCCCGGUCCGGCCGGUUCCUGCUCCCCGCACCAAGCCAGUGGUGCGCGUCGCCAGCCCGGCCCGGCCUGUUCCUGCCCCUCGCACCAAGCCUGUGGUGCGCGUCGCCAGCCUGGUCCGGCCCGUUCCUGCUCCCCGCACCAAGCCAGUGGUGCGCGUCGUCAGCCCGGUCCGGCCCGUUCCUGCUCCUCACACCAAGCCAGUGGUGCGCGUCGUCAGCCCGGUCCGGCCCGUUCCUGCUCCCCGCACCAAGCCAGUGGUGCGCGUCGUUAGCCCGGUCCGGCCCAUUCCGGCUCCCCGCACCAAGCCAGUGGUGUGCGUCGUCAGGCCGGCACAGCCCGUGCCUGUUUCACCGGUGCCUGGUCAGCUGCUCCACACCGGAGCCUAAGCAAUCCGCUCCACCGAUGUCCAGUCCAGCUCCAGCCAGCGGGACCAGACCAGGGGCGCUACAGGGGGGUAGUUAGAGAGUGGUGGUCACGCCCGGAGCCGGAUCCGCCUCCGAGGUGGAAUGCCCACCCGGCCCCUCCCCUGUUGGGUUUAGUUGGCGCGGUCGCAGUCCGCGCCUUUGGGGGGGGGGGGGUACUGUCACGCCCUGGCUCUGGGGACUUUUAUAUGUUGAGCCAGGGUGUUAGUUUCUAUGUUUAGUGUUCUAGGUUUAUGUUCUAGAUCGUGUGUUUCUAUGUUGGCCGGGGUGGUUCCCAAUCAGAGGCAGCUGUGGCUUGUUGUCUCUGAUUGGGAACCAUACUUAGGCAGCCUGUUUUGCACUUGUCAUUUGUGGGAUCUUGUUCUGUGUAGGUUUGUGUUUGUUAACCUUGGGCUUCACGUAUCGUUUAUUGUUUUGUUCGUGGUGUACUUAAUAUAUAAGAAUGUACGCAUAUCACGCUGCGCCUUGGUCCACUCAUUAUGACGAGCGUGACAGGGGGCAAUUACUUUAUCACACAGAGGAAUUGGGUGUUGCAUAACUUUGUUAAAUAAAUCAAAUAUAAUUGUAUUUUGUUAUUUGUAAACUCAGGUUCCCUUUAUCUAAUAUUAGGUUUUGGUUGAAGAUCUGAUAACAUUCAGUAUAAACAAAUAUGCAAAAAUAGAGAAAAAUCCGAAAGGGGGCAAAUACUUUUUCACGGCACUGUUCAUAUCACAUUAAUUGUGCUAAAUAUGAUAGCUAACGUUAGCUAGCUAAGCGCUAGCCGGUCAGUGGCACUGACAGAUUGAAACAGGUAUCAACAAAAUGGCUUUCACUCUAUCCCAUAAAACAUGACAUUGCUAACUAGGAAUAAUUUAGCUAAUAAAAUGUAAAAGUUUAUUAGGAAGUUGAAUUAAAAAGUUAGACACUCACCGGAAAACUUUGGUAGGUAGCUAGCUAGCUAGCUUGGUUUCCAUUUUCCAACAGAUGUUUCUAACCCCCCUGAUCGGUCAUCAACGGUUACUUGUCUUGGAACUUGUUGCCACAGAUUCAAAUUGAAUCUUGAGAGAAUUGUCUGCCAGAAAAAAAGCUCUGGCGAACUGUGCCAAUAAAUAUUAUUGUUGCCAAAGGUUUGCCGCAGAUUCACCACUAGUGGCAAACAUUUGCAAACUUCUGGCAACAUUUUGUGGCACACUAUUUAGUUUGCAGCAAUUUGCCACAAACUUGCGGGGAAGUUUGCCGCAACAAAUUCAUUUUUUGUAAGGGCAUAUUCCCACUAAUAUUCCUUUAUGUAAUUAAGCUUUUACAUGUGUAUUUUAAUUAUAAUAAUAAUAUUUUAUUUGUAGAGCUCAAUGCACACGUGAAGCUUGUUGGUGCUUGCUUCUGUGCACAAAUAAUUUGACCACUGCAGUUUGAGAUAAUUUUUUCCCAUUUGAUUUUUAUUUAUUUUUUAUAAUUUUUUAAUGAUUUUAUGAAAAGAAGCUGAUACUGGACUUCAUUAUUUACUGUUUUAUUUCUGAUAUUUUAGCUUAAUUAAAAUAAUAGUGAUAAAGAGUAGAGAUAAAGGAAAUGAAAAAUGCAGAGCAUGCCCAGAGCUUGUGGAUCAGCGGUACCAGAGCUUGUGGAUCAGCGGUACCAGAGCUUGUGGCUGAGCGGUACCAGAGCUUGUGGCUCAGCGGUACCAGAGCUUGUGGAUCAGCGGUACCAGAGCUUAUGGAUCAGUGGUACCAGAGCUUGUGGAUCAGAGGUACCAGAGCUUGUGGAUCAGCGGUACCAGAGCGAAAUUGGAGCAGAAGAGAAAAGAAAAUGCUGGAAUUACGCUCUGCUCCUCGCCCACUUAGCCAUGCUCUGGCAUUCAAAAGCAGCCCUGCUUUAGGUUAUAAAAAAACGGUCAAUUAAUAAUCAUUUCAAUUAAUGGAAUCAGUGUAUGUAUGGCUGCAGCAACCAUUACCCGGCCUGACAAGCUGCAUAACAAAUUAGGCCUAAUUAGAGAAAAUAACAAUUAAGUAAUUCAAACAAGAUAAUACAUAGUUCAAAUGAAUUAGUAUCUUGUUUGAAUGACUUAGUAUCUUGUUUGAACGACUUAGUAAAGGCUUCAGGGCUUCCGUACAAUGUUGUCAUUACCUAGCAAAGUUUGUAAAAAAUAGCUUGCAAUAACAACGUUAGCUAGGUAUAAUCCGUUGGUCUCCUCUCAAUCUUAAGUAGCUAGCAAACGUUAUACUGCAUUGAAAGUCAACCUGACAACAUCAAAAUGAUGACAAAAGGCUUUCCUACUAAUUAUUUGCCUUCUUUAGAAAUGUAGUUGUAUUUCCAAGUCACUGUAAUGCACUUUUUCAUGCAUUCCAUUAAUAAUAUAAGAUAACAUUAAAGCGGUCUGAUGUCACGCUUCAUUCUGUCAUCACAUCACUGAUGACAUCACAUCUGUUUCUCCUCCUCUCCAGUCAGUUCAGACGAGAUGUCAGAUGGUAUUCAACAAUCAAAGAGAGUCAACAUGUGCAAACCUCUCUUCAUUUUUACUGUCCUACUAUUCUGGAUUGCAGGUAUUUUAACUACAGUUAUUUAGUAGUUCCCUACAAUACUUAUUAAAUAUGACAGUGUAACAAUGUGUAUGAAUGUGUUACAAUAACUACUUAACAAAGGUUUCAUGCAAACUUAAGGAAUUUUGGUACAAUCAUUUUUUAUGUAUUGUAAAGUAAAAGUAAUUCUCUCUAUCUCUCGCUCUCUCGCUCUCUCGCUCUCUCUGUCUCUCUGUCUCUCUCUGUCUCUCUUUCUCUCUCUCUGUCUCUCUUUCUCUCUGUCUCUCUCUCUGUGUGUCUGUCUCUCUCUCUCUGUCUCUCUCUCUGUGUGUCUGUGUCUCUCUCUCUGUCCCUCUCUCUGUGUCUGUGUCUCUCUCUCUGUCUCUCUCUCUGUGUCUGUGUCUCUCUCUUUGUCUCUCUCUCUCUGUGUCUGUGUCUCUCUCUCUGUCUCUCUCUCUGUGUGUCUGUGUCUCUCUCUCUGUCUCUCUCUCUGUAUGUCUGUGUCUCUCUCUCUGUCUCUCUCUCUGUGUGUCUCUCUGUCUCGCUCUCUGUCUCUCUCUCUGUGUGUCUGUGUCUCUCUCUCUGUCUCUCUCUCCAUCUCUCCCCAGGUGUCUCUCUCAGUAAAGUAGUGUACCAGUCUCCCUCUACACUGCUGGUAGAGCCUAAUGCGUCUGUCUCUGUAACACUCAACUGCAGUCAUAAAAUCACUAGCUAUGACACUAUCCUCUGGUACCAGCGUUCUGUGGGAGACACGGCUCUGAAACUCAUUGCAUAUGUAUUCUUGACAACGCAGACUGUUGAACCCUCAUAUAAAGGUUACUUUGACGUGAAAGGAGAUGGGAGGAAAGAUGCCUUCCUUCAACUCCUCAAACUGAGACAAGCUGAAGACAGUGGGGAGUAUUUCUGUGCUGCUAGUUAUACACAGUGUUACAGCAUCCCCUUUCUACACUACAAAAACCUCUCUCUCUCUACCUAGCAGAUCCAUCUGGUACUGGAUCAAAACACCUGCAUUAAACCACAUGAACUAACAGACCUCUGUUCAGACACUGUCAGAGAGGUGAGAGGGAGAUUUGAUUUGGUGCCAAUAUACUGUAACCACAUAACUAGAGUGAGUACAACGGGCCACCCCAUUUAAUGGGUGGAAAGGCAGCCAUCCUUUCCAGAGAUCCUAUUGACUAUUCUAGAGACUGUAACAGCAUUCUGUCAUAACAUCUCUGAUGUUGUCACUUCCUGUUCCUCCUCAUCUCUAGUCAGUUGAGAUGUCAGUUGGUUUUAAUGUUCAGCUCUGAGAGUCAACAUGUUCGAACCUUUCUUCAGUAUCCUUGUUUUACUCUUUUGGCUCACAGGUAAUAACAUUCAUCUUGGACAUUAUCAUUUGUUUAGAUGUACUGUAGGCCUACAAAAUAUGCAUUUGCAUCCCUUAUCUAAGCAUAUGAUAGUGAAAGUCUUCUCUCCAUCUCUCUCCAGGUUUCUCUCUCGGUGUUGAGGUUCACCAAACUCCCUCUGAAGUCUUCAACAGACCUGGAGAGAACGUUCAACUCUUCUGCCACCAUAAAACAUCUAACUAUAGGGUGAUGUUGUGGUACCAGAAAUUACAAGGAGAAACUGCACUAAAACUCAUAGGAUAUCUACAUUUUCCAGAAUCCAACCAUUGAAAGUUCACAUGAAAAGCAUUUCAAUAUGAGUGGGGAUUUGGGCGGCGAUCAUCCCAAGAACGGCUCUCUUAAUAUUUUCAAUGUUCAACAUCCCGAACACGGUGCUGUGUAUUUCUGUGCUG